AUGGAUCCCGAAGGUCCAGUGAGCUCGAUAGCUCUUUUUAAAGAGACCAGAGCAGAUCUUGAGCCCAUCACUCCAGGCUCAGUGAUCCAGAUACAGAUCCCUUCCAACAGCUCGUUCACUGUUCGACCACGACAGCAACGACGGAUCCUGAAGAAUACUACCGGUCACAGAGAUGAAGACUCAUUCACAAAGUGCUGUAUUGCAAAAGCUGGAUCCCUCUAUUUCGGCAGAUCCAAGCGACAUCCACGAAGCUUCCUAUGGCGCGUACUGCAAGAAGGGAAAAUUCUGGAGCUACGUUCCAUUGAUCUAAGCAAGAGCAGCGAUGAGACAAGGGAAGCGUCUUACAUUAUACAGCUUUGCUUCCCAGCCGGGCUCAAGCACGGCGGCAUAGCAUUGGCGGACUCGGAAGAUCAAAAUGUCCUAAACGUUUUCGCUCUGACAAGGUGGAGUGAGCUAUACACCUUCACGCUUCGCAAAGACUUUUUCUGCCUCGCCGCAGCGUCAGAAGAGGACGUGUCAAGGUGGUGCAAGGUAUCUAAGCCGGCCACAUUCAGCAUAAGCACGCCUCACAGUCUGAUCGCUGCAAGUUUCCGACAGCUUAUCGUUUCACUGAGUGAUGGCCGGAUUCUACGGUUGACCAGGAGCAAAGACGAAGAUGGGUCGAAGUGGCAAGAGGCAACAUACGGUGAUGGGCAAUGGGCUUCAUCUCUCCGAGGACUUGUUCGGUGGCAGGGAAGCAACACUGUAAAUUAUGACGGCAAUCUGCUAGAGCAGGGCACACCCAUCGCCAUGGCAAGAUCUCCAGACAAGAAGCAUGUGUUCGUUGUGUGUCUAAACCACACCCUACGAAUCUGGAAUUUAAACAAGGCCGCCAGUGUGUUUUCUAUGGAUCUGCUGUGGAAGCAUCGUGAGCUGCACGACAUACCAAAGGUGACGCUGGACCCAGGCAGUCCAAAUUUACUCCAAAUUUUCAGGAUCGAUGAGAUCAUAGGUGGAUGCGAGUACUAUGCUGUCACUUUCUCUCCACACGAUUUUGGACAAUUUAAAUUCUGGGGCAUCCGGGAUCCAGACCAUGGUGCCAAGGGCGUCCUCGAUCUCUUCCCAGAGUAUCUUUUGAAGCCACCAGAUCCCGACCCCAGUCCGGAAAGCAAAUCCAUAUGGAAAGUUGCGGACUUCAAGAUCACCGGUGGUCAGCAAGGAAAAAGCCUCGAGAUAUGGAUUCUCAUGAGGUCAAACCGGCAGUACAAACUGUACAAUCUGAAAUAUGACAUCCAAGAUCUGAUAAACGUAUGGCAUGAUAGCUGGUCGACUACGGCCUUCGAGACUCUGGAUGACUCUGAACCACCACUGAUCUCCGACCUGGACCCUGAAGAUGCAACUGAUAAGUGGCUUGAUUACAUCUUCUAUCCGUGCAAAUACCCAGAGACAAUCCUCGAGACAGCUCUUGGCAUGUAUUGCUCGGAGCGCUCAGUCACACUACCCAACCCCAAGGCUCCGUUGAAAGAACGAAUGAAUUCAGCGAUCGUAACCCAUGUCAGCAUAGUCAAUGCUGCAUCCGAUUUUGAUACAUACCGUACAGCCACCAACGAAGAGUGGACUGUACUGUGGCAAGACAUACGUGAUCUGAACAUAUCGAGAUGGGAGGUUUUGUCUCUCGCCUGUGAUGAGCACGCUCAGAUGCCUUGGGUUGCUUUCGCCGAUGGAUGUUCUGCAAUACGUAGCUGUGAUAAGAUCGAAAAUAUAACCCACAACAGCUCAGCUGAUUUGAGCGUAUCGAACAAUUUGUUACCGACUCCGUCUAUCGAAGCAGAUCCCGGAGCUGAGCCCAGGCUUCCAGAUGAGCUUGCAGUAAUCAUCGAAGCAGCAACGACCUUUAGACGUAGCUUCAGCUACCGGCUUCGAAGCACCUGCGGUAGGGUCUUAGCUAGCGAGCUUUGGCUUGACCCUUCAUAUUCUGUUCCGCUUCGCAUCCAAUAUUUCUACGACCAAUGCAACUUUGCCGAUGAGAUUGGCAGCGCGGCUUUCGACGAUUUGGUGGGCGCACUACACCAAAUAGGAGGUUUCAAUGGUCUAGAAACUGACACUUUUCUUGCCAUUCUCGAUGGUUUGGCUCAUGGUCUUCCAGAACAUGCGUCGGAUCUAGUGCACACGAGAUUUGGUCUCAAGCUGUUAAUCAACGGCGCUCAAGAAAUGAUACACCUGCGUGUGAGCUUACUCUUCGAUUUACUGGUGCUGGUUGUCGUCGUCGAUAUGGAAAUUGACAGGGAAGAGACGCCUAUGGAGAAUUUCGAUGCAUCUCGGAUUUAUGUAGAAUUACUCGAGCUGCUCAAGCAAUAUCAGAUCAUGCAAUGGCUCGCCAAGAAUACCCGAACGGUGAAGAGCGACCCAUCAGCAAACCUAGUGCGGGCUAACACCUCGAAGGCCGAUUCAUCCAUCGACAGCAAAUCUAGAAUUUCAACGGUACUCGAAAGCCUCUUUGCUUUCGAUCUGCCCGCCCAGUCACUCGAAAUGCAGUCUCAGAGCGAAGCACUUACCCAGAGUAUUCAAGACCUUCUAAUAUGGGCUACUGGUGGGCAUGACCCGACAGUGACAUUCGAUGACGUCCCCGUAUACGUGCAAUGCAAUCUACUUGCAAACAACAACCUCGACUUAGCGUCGGAUUUCCUCCGCUUUCAACCCCCAACGGCCUGGGCAACAUACAUUAAAGGUCGAUUAUCCCUUCUAAAGGGCGAGUUUACAGAAGCAGCUAUCUACUUCAGAAAGGCCGCUUUCAAGCUCUCUCGCCCUAGCAACUUCGACUACCACCACGCCUCCCACUCUCUCCUCACCCCCAUGGAAUCCAUCCACUUCGGCCACGGUCUUCCAACCUACUACACCCACCUACUCAACCUCUUCGACGCCCACUCCUGCCCAACCCAAAUGGCACACUUCGCCCAUCUAGCCCUCCAACUCAGUCCCGCCUCUCAGUCGAUAAACCAAUCUACCACCAUUACCCUCCUGACAUCCCUCUUUCAAGCCUCCAUUCAAACCACCGAUUUCUCAACCGCUUACAGCGCGCUAAUGCGUCAUCCGUCACCAUCAACCCUCCUGCCGAGUUUUAUCCAGGCGAUCAUAAGUACGCCGAACGCACUACCGCAGUUGCUGGCGUUGCCAUUUCCUUCAAAUUUGCAUGAAAAGAUUGACACGUUGCUCGUUGAACAGAAGAAGUCUAAAAUACUAGCUGCGUGGCGUCUCCAUCACCAGGAUUUCCGAGGCGCGGCUGCGGCGCUGCUACCUCCGCUGCAAGUUGCGCAAGCGAGGGCGAAGAGGGGUGACGAUGGAUUAGAAGAUAAGUAUCUGGCUGUAAUCAAUCUGCUGGCUUGUGCGGGGGUGGGGAGUGGUUGGGUGUUGAGUGAGGACGUGAGUGGCAAGGGGAAGAGGAAGAUCGUGGAGGUUAGUGAUGUGAGGGCGCAGUAUCAGAAGGAGUUGGACCGGAGGAGCGUGAUUGAGGGGGGCAGGUUUGGGUUUGUGGGCGGCGGUGGAGAUGCGAUGGAUGUGCUGUGA